CAUAUUUCGUCUAUUUAAACAAGUUUUAUAUACAACCAAAAUAUUAAGAAAUAAUGGACGUGUAAUAAUCUUCUAUCUUUACAAAAUUCCAAAAGCAGGCAUUUUCCAUGCAUGAUAUCCAAUCACAAACUGCCACGCGUAUAAUAACUGGCUAAAAGUAAAGCAACACGCUCCUCGUUUUCAAAAAACUUCAAAUCGUUCUCAGUUCUCAUUUUCCCUCUCACCCUGAACUUCCUCAACACUGGACUCUUCUUCAAAGCCUCUGAAACACUCCUCAUGGAUCUCCAUUCUACUGCUUUUCCAGGCAAAAGCAAAGCAACAGCAAACAAAGAGAAGAAAGAUGGUGACAGAAACACCAAAAUCACCAAUAGCAGGCCAAAGCCGGCUUUUGGUGUUCCAAGGAGCACAAACAUACCUGCCAGGAAGAGCCUAUUGUCAAAGAGACAGCCUACUGCUACCUCAAGGCCAUCGAAGCCGGUGGAGAGCCUCACAAAGUUGGGUUUACAGAAAAACUUCAAGGCUGAAGCCACUGUUGAUGAUGGCAAGAAUGCUUCUAAGAAUAGAUUUCAGAAACUGCAAAUAGAGAUCACCAAUCAAGAAUUUGAGAGACCGGGAACAGAGGUGACAAUGAAGAAUGGUGAACAGGACAUGACACAGACACCUGUGUCCUUGGUGAAGAGUGUGGCACCGGAGACACCAUACCAGAGUGCUAAGAACUGCACCAAGUGUAGGCUUAACAGGCUGGAGUCUUCAUCCUACUGGCUUGCUCAGAUUAAGCUUGCGGAGUCUGUUGGGAAGCACUUCAUCUCUGCCAUGUUCUUCCGUCUUGCCUUGGAUUGCCAUGCUGAGCCAUUUUCGAGUCUUCAUAGUGAGUUCAAGCAGUACAUCCAGCGGCAUGGAGCUGCUUCCUAAGGAUGCUGCUCUCUGGGAUGAGCUUUGCAGAUUGUAUGGAUUCAGGAAUGACAGUCCGGAAACAUGAUCUUGAUCUUCUCACUAGGAAUGACUUUGUUCUUGUAGAGCACGGUGAUCCCAAGUUUGAUGAGACAUGCAAAGAUGGAUUUUGGGAAUGUGAUCAUAUUGUCACUGAUACUGGGAAUGCAUUAGUGAAAGAAGAACCUAUGAAGAUCAAAGACACUAACAAAGUUGAGCCUAAAGUUUGUCUUUUUUUUGGAAGGGACUCCUACAAAGGCUCAGUUUCAACUUGUGUGAGGGGUGAUCAUGACAGUGAAUUAUACAGAGAGAAGCAUAAAAGAAGCCCUGUUUUCAUAUCUAGUAAGUCCUCUUCACAAACCAAGGAAGAGAGAUCUGCAAGAAGAAAUGAAGCUGGGGCUAAAGCGAAACAAAGUAGUCAGAGUAGCAACAUGGUUGGAACAGAUGGAAAACACCCUUUGGGUGAAAACUCUAGCUCUCUAUUGAAUUUGGAGAAACUACAACAAAUAAGAGCUAGGGCAGCUACAAUCAUAGCAUCUCCUGAUGAGUUUUCUUUGCAGAAUAGCUAGCAACUGGAAUUUGAACAAAAUGAUGUGCGGCAAUGAGUGAAUUAGGCCAAUGAUCAGGUUAGAGGUAGCUGUUAGUUAGAGCAAAUGCAAUCAAGUGUGCAGCAAUGAGCAUUUGAUGCUCCAGCCAAAGUGAUGGUUAGGUCAAUGUUGUUCCAAAUGAUGCGUUUAUUUAUUGUUUUGUUAUUGUACCUGCAUGUCGUAUUUUGCAUUCUUUAUAAAAGUUUCAGUUUGUUUUUGUAACAUAUCUGAGUCAUGUGUAAUGCUUUGAAUUGGAUGUGGAAGAACAGCUUGCUUGGAGGUUCUCUAUUAGAUUCUUACAGUGCGUCUCUGUAUCAUUUUAUAUCAAACUUAAACUAAU